AAGAGCGAGUCUACUAAUGUUUCAAGUUUCUGAAUACACAAGCAUAGUGUAAUGUAAAGAGAAACUUUGUCUGGGAGUCGAAAAAUUCGGAAUUGUCUUGAUUCUGAUUGGUCCAAGAAGCAUUAUUUUCUCAGUACCGGGAGACAACUCUCCAAUUUUGAAUUAUAGAGGAGCUGCAAGUGUGCAUACUUGGAGGGAGUUUCCUCAAGGACAAUUCCCUAAACCAAAGACAUCAUUUACUUACUGAGAGCUAUGCAUAUAACAUGGCUAUGUUUAGCUAGGUUUUCAUCACGUGUAUAAAUAUUAUGUCAUCUCACCAUUUUGAAUCCUUAACACACAUUGUUAUCCAUUCCCUUUCAAAAUUCUUUGGAGAGGCCCUAUGAUUCGAGAAUAACACAAGGAAUCCCCAAAGUGUUAGUGCACCUUUAAGAGCUAGUGGCUCCUAACUGCACUAAAGAUUUUUGAGAUCCCGGUACAGAGCUUUUAAAAGUACACCAAGCUCCUGCAUGUGCAUUAUUUUAUUUGUUCUCACAAUCUAAUGAGAUAAUACCAUUGUUCCGAUCUGACAGAAGAGGAAAUUAAGACUCGGGGAAAUUAAGUGUCUUUUCCCAUGGUCACAUUACUUGCAAGUGUAUCACAAGCGACAUUUGGAUCCAACUUUGCCCUGACUCCAAUUCCAUCAUCAUUUCCAGUAGAUCUCCUGGUUUCACUCUUUAACCUCUGGUAACUGAAUAGUAGGAGUGUGGCUAUCUGUUCCCUUUCUGUUCUCCAGCCAUCCACUCUAAAGGGUCAGCUAGUGCCAUCCCCUCUGGCACUCCCAGGCUCGGGGAAGAAUGCCCAAUGCUAAGGCUGCAAAGAGAGUCGCUUAUCCGCACAGCUUUAGAAGGGACCUUGGACUUUUCUGGGGCCAACGGAUUGGUCCUCGCCUAGCAGCUCUCCUAGAAAUGUACGCAGAUGUUCAAAUAUACUGGGCAAACUGCAUUUGGUUUAAAUAUUUCCGACUGCAAACUUGUCCUGUGGCAAUGGUGUAGGUCCCAAGUUGACUAGGAUCUGUACACUGCAAGCGGGAGAGCGGUUAAGGGUGUGUGGGUUGAGCAGACGAGUAUUUGUCCUUCUGCUUUUGCUGGCCACUUGGCUUAAGGGCUUUUCUCCGUGUCGUCCUCUUGUCCGUCUUAUUUUCUGUUCAUCUAUAUACAGUGUCUAUAUCUAGCAAACCCUCUUUUUUAUCCACCAUCUGUCUGACUCUACCUCUGUGUAACCUACUACAGUAUAUCUGUCGGUACUAGCUGUACACUUAUAUCAAUGAGAUGUCUCCCAGUUCGUCUGUCUGCUGGCGUCUGUCUAUCUCUUCACCUGUCUAUCUCUUAACUGCCUAUCACCGAUUGAUCUCCAUUUGUCUUCGACUCUUGGCAGGGACUGCAGAAAUUGGCCGCGACGACCAUAGGCGGAUUUUCAGACCUUGGGGUUCUGGGAGGGGUGGAUGUGAAAGCAGAGGCUUAUGAGGAAUCCCCUCUUCCUCGACUGGACUGUAGUCUGGACUCCAAAGAAUGAGUUUCCGUGGACUGGCUGAACUGGGCUGGUUCCUGCUACUCCAGGGCUGACUGUCUGACCUGGUAAACCUAAAGAAUAGUACGUACUGCCAAGGGUCGACUGGAACAGAGAGCAAAGAAGGCGUGUUAUGCUGGGAGCUGUGAAAAUGGAAGGGCACGAGCACUCAGACUGGAGCAGCUACUAUGGAGAACCCGAGGGCUACUCCUCGGUGAGCAAUAUGAAUGCGGGCCUGGGCAUGAACGGCAUGAACACUUACAUGAGUAUGUCGGCUGCCAUGGGCAGCAGCUCGGCCAACAUGAGUGCCAGCUCCAUGAAUAUGUCUUCUUAUGUGGGAACUGGCAUGAGUCCCUCCCUGGCAGGCAUGUCCCCAGGGGCUGGGGCCAUGGCAGGCAUGGGGGGCACAGCCGCCCCAGGGGUUACUGGUAUGGCUCCCCAUCUGAGCCCCAGCAUGAGUCCACUGGGGGGACAGGCCCCUGGGAGCAUGAACAGUCUGGCUCCCUAUGCCAACAUGAACUCUAUGAGUCCCAUGUAUGGGCAGGCCAGCCUCAACCGAUCCAGAGACCCCAAGACUUACCGGCGGAGUUACACACAUGCCAAGCCUCCCUAUUCCUACAUCUCCCUCAUCACUAUGGCCAUUCAGCAGAGUCCCAACAAGAUGCUGACACUUAGCGAGAUCUACCAGUGGAUCAUGGACUUGUUCCCCUUCUACCGACAGAACCAGCAGCGCUGGCAGAAUUCCAUUCGCCACUCACUCUCCUUCAAUGACUGUUUUCUGAAGGUGCCUCGCUCACCCGACAAGCCUGGCAAGGGCUCCUUUUGGACUUUGCACCCAGAUUCUGGUAACAUGUUUGAGAAUGGCUGCUACCUGCGUCGGCAGAAGCGCUUCAAGUGCGAGAAACAGUUGGCACUGAAGGAGGGAGGGGGAGGCCCAGGGGGUGGAGGCAAGAAGCCAGGUGGAGGAAGUGGUGGAGCUGGAGGGCAGCAAGCACCAUUAGGGGAGGGCAGUGGGGGUUUGCCCCCCACUAGUGGCUCUGACAGUUCUGCUGGCACAGAGUCCCCUCACUCCAGCGCCUCCCCCUGCCAAGAGCACAAACGAGGUGGUUUGGGGGAACUGAAGGGCACCCCCGCAGCCCUGAGUCCUCCUGAGCCUGCCCCAUCCCCAGUCCAGCAGGCACACCUGCUGGGUCCACCCCACCACCCAGGCCUGCCCCCAGAGGCACACUUGAAGCCGGAGCACCACUACGCCUUUAAUCACCCCUUCUCCAUUAACAAUCUCAUGUCAUCUGAGCAACAGCAUCACCACAGCCAUCAUCACCAUCACCACCACCACAAAAUGGACCUUAAGGCCUAUGAACAGGUGAUGCACUACUCUGGCUACAGCUCCCCCAUGCCUGGCAGCCUGGCCAUGGGCCCCAUUACGAACAAAGGGGGCUUAGAAUCCACACCCCUGACUGGAGACACAACUUACUAUCAAGGGGUAUAUUCUCGGCCCAUUAUGAACUCUUCCUAAGAGUUGGGGUUUGGGGGUGGGCAGAAGGACCUCUGCCUAUGGAGGUGGGAAAAGAAGAGAAGGGAUGACUAUGGACUUUUUGGUUGUUUUCUGAGAGGAGAAGGGUGGAGUGGGAGAAUCAAGGACAUGUUGUCCAUAUCUGCAGAGAACACCAGUUCCUGUCCCCUAGCUUUUGGCUCCCUGGCUCCCCAUUAUUGUGUAGGGAGGAAAAGGAAAAUGUUUUUAAAGUCUCCAGUUUUCCACUACUGUUUAGACGCCCCGUUUCUCCCAGCAUCGUUUGAAUUUUGAUUUUUGUUGUUGUUGCAGGGAAGUCUUACCUGUUUUUUCUUUGUGAGAGAGUGAUGAUAAAAAAAAAAAAAAAAAGCAAAAAAAAAAACUGAUUUUGGUGUAAAAACUUGUAGUUUUAACUAAGAACCAAAAGGUUGUGCCUGUUGUUUUGUUUAAAAAAAAAAAUAGAGGGAAAAAAAAGCAAAUAGAAAAAGUAAGGGUCUGUUGUUGUAAUUGACCCACCCCUCAUUCAUGUUCCUGGGAGAGUGAAAUACAGUACUUGGCUCUGAUUAAUUUAUGGUUUCUGUAUGCUUUAUUUAUGGCUUAUAAAUGUGUAUUCUGGUGGUAAAGAGCCAGAUUUUUCAUAAAUCUCUAUUAAAGUGUUAUUGCCAGUU